AUGAUCGAUACAAGAGAACCCAGGGAUAUAUCCCUAAAAUUUACAAGUAGUCAGCCAAUCUUCAACGAAGAAGGAGAAUGUCUGAUUCCGGCAUUUCAAGUAGUUUUCAUAUCAGUCUUCCUCGGAGAUUUUCAACCAAUAGAACAAGUUCAAGAUCUAUCAAUUUACAGCGACGAAGGACGAUUGGCCAGCACAUUGGCAAGAGUCUUCGAGAGAGCCCAAAAGAUAAACAAAGAAUCCAGAACAAGAAUAAACUAUAAAAGCAGAAACACUCUAAUUGUUUCUAGUAAGAAAAACCAGAUUGAAUCAAGAGAAAUGAGACUCCUAGUAGAUUUUGAAUCAGCAUUUUACAACUUCUCUGGAUUAUUGGAAAAUCUUCCUGACGGGAUAAGGAGGAAUCUAUGCCAUUUGCUAAAGGACAAAGAAGACCAUAGGUGCCAGCUGUGCGCCUCAGAAAUGUCCGAAGAAAGCAAUAAUGCCGAAGACCCCACCCACGUGGGAAAAGAAGUGGAUGAGACAUCUGAGUCAUCUAUCAACAUUAUUGUUGAAUGA